AUGUGGUGGGGAGUUCUCAGCUUGCUGUCCUGGGUCCCGUUGCAAGCAGCCCUUCUGAACAUGGAAACCAUCACAGUGGAGGAGGGCGCGACACUCACCCUAAACUGUGCCACUUCUCCUGCGAAGAAUGCCUCUCUCCAAUGGCUGGCCCCUUCCGGGUUUACCAUUUUUUUUAACCAGCAUCCUGCUUUAAAAGGCUCCAAAUACCAGCUUCUUCACCACUCGGCCACACAGCUCUCCAUCCGUAUGUCCAGCAUAACUCUGCAGGAUGAAGGCGUGUACAAGUGCUUACAGUACGGAAGCCACGUGAGGACGAAGCACGUGAAGGUGAUUGUGUUAGUGACGCCUUUCAGGCCGACCGUGGAAGCUUUGGUUGUCAGAGGGCAGAAUGGAGACAAACAUGUCGUACUGAAAUGCUCCACAGAGAGGAACAAGCCCCCUCCGCAAGUCACCUGGCUGCUGGGGAGUGGUCUGGAGGUCUAUGGCAGACUCCACCAUGAAUUUGAAGCUGAUGGGAAAACCUGCAACACCACCAGCACGCUCAUGAUCCACACAUACGGCAGAAACUCCACGGUGCACUGCAUCAUCCGGCACAAGGGCCUGGAAGGAAGGCAGCUAGUGGCCCCCUUCCUGUUUGAAGAUUUGGAAUUUUGUUUUUCCCCCUUUUUGGUUGCAGAUCAAGAAACAGCUUCCGAUGCCCCUGAGCAGAGCUCUCUCUCCUCUCAAGCCCCCCAGGAGCCCACAAGUAUGGUCUCAAUGAUGGAAAAUUCCAGUAUACAAGAGACUGACGAGAAAGAGAAAAAGCAUGCCACUCAAGACCCUGACUUGACCACUGAAGCCAGUGCUCGGUACACAGGCCUGGAGAGGAGGAAGAGUGGCAUCCUGCUGCUCACGCUGGUGUCCUUCCUCAUCUUCAUCCUCUUCAUCAUUGUUCAACUCUUCAUCAUGAAGCUCCGUAAAGCACACGUGAUAUGGAAGAAGGAAAGUGAAAUUUCAGAGCAAACUCUAGAAAGUUACAGGUCAAGAUCCAACAAUGAAGAGACAUCUUCUUCCCAAGAGAAUAGCAGCCAGAUUUCCCAGUCUAAGCAUUGUAUGAACUACAUCACGCGGUUGUACUCGGGAGCCAAAACAAAGAGGAAGGAGAAGGCGCAGCACUGGAAACUAGAAGGCAAGCACAGUCGUGUCCCAGAGAGUAUUGUGUAAGUGUGCCAUGCAAUAGAAGAUGGGAUUGCACGGCAGCUGCAGAAGGCCGGAAAGGAACAUAAGUACUGUGGCAUGGGGAAAAAAAAUGUCCAUUGAGUACAAUUCAGGACAGUGGCCACUGAGCCAGGGCAGCAACAUGAGAACCAAGUCAUGAACAUUGAAAGAAAAACAUAGACAGAACCUAUUAUUACUAACACUACUCAGAGCCGGAGAUCUCUACUAAGUCUUUUGGAUCAGGGUCAGUGUGACCAGCGAACAUCUGACCUUGAAGAAGCAGUGGACAGCAGCUUUUAGACAUGGGGCUGUAAUAGAACUAUUUAAAUUGGUUUAAAAGCUUUCCUUCUGGUCAAGAAGAACUUAAGGAUGAGAAGAACCCAAAGAAGACCUGAGAUACCAGAAGCCCGCUUUCAAGAUAGGCUGUCAGAAGCUGCCCCAUGGACACUAGGGGGAAACAGGAUGUCACAGCAUGUGAUGGAUAUGAAGACCUAGAGAUCUACAGUUUGCAAUCCAAGGACUGAAUUCAGCUGCCAGUUCCUUAGGCUUCCUUGCUAACCAUGUGAGGUAACCUGGCAGACAACUUUUUAACCUGAAUACACCAUGACAAAAGCAUGUUCAGAAGAAAACCAUGAGUUUAAUUAACAGAUUGUUAAACUCAUGAGUGGCUUUUUCUUUCAUAAAGACCAGACUGUGUCUUUCUAGAGGUUGUUGUGCUUCUUGAUUCUGUGUUUUAAAUGAUUGAUAAUUCUUUCUUCUAUUAAAAAAAAAAAACAAUAGUUCAGAGGACAUAGAAAACUCUGGUGCUCUGUGAGGCAUGUCUCAUUAUUUGGAUCUGAGAAAAACAUUUUGAAACUAUCAUAUGCACACACUUGGACACACUUGCACAUACCCAUGAGCACAAGCAGAUAUACAUACCUAUACUGUGAAUGUUUUAUUGCAGGGAUCAUAUCCUCCUGAUUCUAUCCAUCCUGGGAUUAUUUUUUAUAUAUAUUUAACAUUUACAAGAUUACAGAAAAGUGUAUAUGCAGCACAGAGGACCUUCCUCACCUCUCUAAAAAUGAAUGAAUUUAUUGCUCAUCGCCCCUUAAACUCUCUGAGUACCCCAACAAAGACACAUACCACCACAAAACCACCGUCUAAGUCAAGAAAGCAGCAUUGCUGUCUUCCCACUUAUGGUCCUUGGAUGCUGUGGUGGUUUGAAUGAGAAGGGCCACCCUAGACACAUAUGUUUGAAUGCUUGGUCCCCAGUUAACAGAAAUGUCUGGGAAGGAUUAGGGGGUUGUGGCCUUGCUGGAGGUGUUUCACUGUUUCAAAACCCCACACGAGGCCCAGUCUCACUCUUUCUGCACACUGCUUACAGAUCAAGAUGUAAAACUCUCAACUACUACUCUAGGACCAUGCCUGUCUGCUUCCUGUCAUGAUGAGGAUGGACUAAACUAUAAGCUUUCUCUUAUAAGAGUUGCCUUGGCCAUGAUGUCUCUUCACAGCAAUGGAACGGUGACUACGCCAUUCACGCUUUCCCAGUUGCCCUAACUGUCCUGAAGGCCCUGAUUAGAUGUUUACUUCAUCUUCACCUCUGUCUCUUUGAAAUUAUUUAUCUGCCUUUUUUUUCUUUUCAUGGCCUGGGUGUUUGCAACACAGGGUAAUUGUUUUAUAGAGCAGCCCUCAGUGGGGUUUUGUCCAAGGCUUCUUUGAGAUCAAGUUCAAGUCACACUUUUAUUGGAUUCUCAAGGAACCUCAUUGAGUUUUAUUUCUCGAGUAUUAUUUAUCCCACUUAUUUCCGUUGCUCAUUUUGAUGAUUCAUGUCGGAGCUCUACACUGCAAACUUACUCUCUUCUUAAACGGCUUGUGAGGAAUUGCUUCAA